UUCUAGAACGUUGCUGUGGUAGCGCUCGGGCGCCAUGUUAGGACGAAGGAGAAGGAGGAGAAGCGCUUAAAGCGGCGGGAGCGGGUGCGGGAGUGGGGUUGGACCCAGGGCUGAGGCAGGCCCCCCCCCUCCCUCCCGCCUCAGUGGAUCAUGCCCAGGGCGGCAGCGGCGGCGGUUGCGGGGGGGAAGUGACUGGGCGGUGCCGGCGCAGGAGACGAUGCCGUUUUCUGUUUGCAGUCCAGUUACAACGCAGGGAUCACAGCAAACACAGCCGCCACAGAAGCACUAUGGCAUUACCUCUCCCAUCAGCUUAGCAGCCCCCAAGGAGACUGACUGCCUGCUUACCCAGAAACUAAUUGAGACUCUGAAGCCUUUUGGCGUUUUUGAAGAGGAAGAGGAACUGCAGCGCAGGAUUUUAAUUUUGGGAAAAUUAAAUAACCUGGUAAAAGAGUGGAUACGAGAAAUCAGUGAAAUCAAGAAUCUUCCACAAUCUGUAAUUGAAAAUGUUGGUGGAAAAAUAUUUACAUUUGGAUCUUAUAGAUUAGGAGUACAUACAAAAGGUGCCGAUAUUGAUGCGUUGUGUGUUGCACCAAGACAUGUUGAUCGAAGUGACUUUUUCACCUCGUUCUAUGAUAAGUUGAAAUUACAGGAAGAAGUAAAAGAUUUAAGAGCUGUUGAAGAGGCAUUUGUACCAGUUAUCAAACUGUGUUUUGAUGGGAUAGAGAUUGAUAUUUUGUUUGCAAGAUUAGCACUGCAGACUAUUCCAGAAGACUUGGACUUAAGAGAUGACAGUCUGCUUAAAAAUUUAGAUAUAAGAUGCAUAAGAAGUCUUAACGGUUGCAGGGUGACCGAUGAAAUUUUACAUCUAGUACCAAACAUUGACAACUUCAGGUUAACCCUGAGAGCUAUCAAACUGUGGGCCAAACGCCACAACAUCUAUUCCAAUAUAUUAGGUUUCCUCGGUGGUGUUUCCUGGGCUAUGCUAGUAGCAAGAACUUGCCAGCUUUAUCCAAAUGCAAUAGCAUCAACUCUUGUACAUAAAUUUUUCUUGGUAUUUUCUAAAUGGGAAUGGCCAAAUCCAGUCCUAUUGAAACAGCCUGAAGAAUGCAAUCUUAAUUUGCCUGUAUGGGACCCAAGGGUAAACCCCAGUGAUAGGUACCAUCUUAUGCCUAUAAUUACACCAGCAUACCCACAACAGAACUCCACGUACAAUGUGUCCGUUUCAACACGGAUGGUCAUGGUUGAGGAGUUUAAACAAGGUCUUGCUAUCACAGAUGAAAUUUUGCUGAGUAAGGCAGAGUGGUCCAAACUUUUUGAAGCUCCAAACUUCUUUCAAAAGUACAAGCAUUAUAUUGUACUUCUAGCAAGUGCACCAACUGAAAAACAACGCCUAGAAUGGGUGGGCUUGGUGGAAUCAAAAAUCCGAAUCCUGGUUGGAAGUUUGGAGAAGAAUGAAUUUAUUACACUGGCUCAUGUGAAUCCCCAGUCAUUUCCAGCACCCAAAGAAAAUCCUGACAAGGAAGAAUUUCGCACGAUGUGGGUGAUUGGGUUAGUGUUUAAAAAAACAGAAAACUCUGAAAAUCUCAGUGUUGAUCUCACCUACGAUAUUCAGUCUUUCACAGAUACAGUUUAUAGGCAAGCAAUAAACAGCAAGAUGUUUGAGGUGGACAUGAAAAUUGCUGCAAUGCAUGUAAGAAGAAAGCAACUCCAUCAACUACUGCCUAAUCAUGUGCUUCAGAAAAAGAAAAAGCAUUCAACAGAAGGUGUCCGGUUGACCCCUCUGAAUGACAGCAGCCUCGACCUGUCUAUGGACAGUGAUAACAGCAUGUCUGUGCCUUCGCCGACCGGUGCUGCGAAGACCAGCCCGCUGCACAGUUCCGGCAGCUCUCAGGGCAGAAACAGUCCUGCUCCAGCUGUAACAGCAGCAUCUGUGACCAACAUACAGGCUACUGAAGUUUCUGUGCCACAAGUAAAUUCCAGUGAAAGCUCAGGGGGUACAUCGAGUGAAAGCAUUCCUCAAACUGCCACACAACCAGCCAUUUCAUCACCACCAAAGCCUACGGUCUCCAGAGUUGUUUCUUCAACACGUCUGGUAAACCCACCACCAAGACCUUCAGGAAAUGCAGCAACAAAGACACCUAAUCCUAUAGUAGGAGUCAAGAGGACAUCCUCACCUCAUAAAGAGGAGAGUCCCAAGAAAACCAAAACAGAAGAGGAUGAAACAAGUGAAGAUGCUAACUGUCUUGCUUUGAGUGGACAUGAUAAAACAGAAACAAAGGAACAACUUGAUACAGAGACAAGUACAACUCAAUCAGAAACCAUUCAGACAGCGGCUUCUCUGUUGGCCUCUCAGAAAACAUCCAGUACAGACCUUUCUGAUAUCCCUGCUCUCCCUGCAAAUCCUAUUCCUGUUAUCAAGAAUUCAAUAAAACUGAGAUUGAAUCGGUAAAAACAA